UGUCCGCGGAGGCUUCCGGUGGGGGCGGGAGGCCGGGCGAGGAGCGACCGAGUGCCCGCCCGCCUGCCGCUGCCCGCCUGCCUGCCUGCGCGGGGCUCGCGAGAGGAGCUCGGAGCGGCCGAGGGCGGCGGUCCCGCCAGGAGCCUCUCGCCGCCAUGAAAAAGCAGUUCAACCGCAUGAGGCAGCUGGCCAACCAGACGGUGGGCAGAGCCGAGAGAACGGAAGUCCUCAGCGAAGAUCUGCUGCAGAUUGAGCGGCGUCUGGACAAUGUGAGGUCUGUCUACCACAAUUCCUACAAGCGGCUGAUGGCAUGUCUGCAUGGCCAGUAUGGUACAGACGCUGACAAGAGACAUAAGAAGCUCCCGCUCACAGCUUUUGCUCAGAAUAUGCUCGAAGGUGCUCUCCAGCUCAGUGAUGAAACCUUAUUGGGGAAAAUGCUGGAGACGUGUGGUGAUGCGGAGAAUAAGCUGGCAGUCGAACUCUCUCACCACGAGGUGCAGGUUGAAAAAGAGAUCUUAGAGCCACUCAACCAACUGACUGAGAUGGAAAUCCCCAACAUUCAGAAGCAGAGGAAACAACUUGCCAAGCUAGUGCUGGACUGGGAUUCUGCAAGAGCAAGAUGGAAUCAGGCGCACAAGACCUCAGCUGUGAACUUCCAAGGGCUCCCAUCUAAAAUCGACUCCCUCAAGGAAGAGGUGGAUGAAGCAGGGAAUAAAGUGGAGCAGUGCAAGGAUCAACUAGCUGCAGACAUGUACAGCUUCAUUUCCAAAGAAGGUGACUAUGCCCGAUAUUUUGUCUCGUUGUUAGAAGCACAAGCAGAUUACCAUAGAAAAGCAUUAGCAGUCUUAGAAAAGGUGCUCCCAGAAAUCCAGGCCCAUCAAGACAAAUGGACAGAGAAGCCGGCAUUCGGGACUCCCCUGGAGGAGCACCUCAAGCGCAGCGGCCGAGAGAUUGCCCUCCCCAUCGAGGCCUGUGUGAUGAUGCUCUUGGAGACCGGCAUGAAGGAGGAGGGCUUAUUCCGCAUUGCUGCUGGAGCGUCCAAACUGAAGAAGCUCAAAGCAGCAUUGGACUGUUCCACCUCCCAGCUGGAUGAGUUUUACUCUGACCCUCACGCCGUGGCAGGUGCCCUGAAGUCUUACCUCCGAGAGCUGCCAGAGCCACUGAUGACCUACGCUCUGUACGAGGAGUGGACACAAGUUGCAAAUGUUCAGGACCAGGACAAGAAGCUGCAGGACCUGUGGAGAAUUUGUCAGAAAUUGCCAAAGCAGAACCUGGCAAACUUCAGGUACUUAAUCAAGUUCCUGGCAAAGCUGGCCCAGUGCAGCGACGUGAACAAGAUGACACCCAGCAACAUCGCCAUCGUGCUUGGCCCAAACUUGCUGUGGGCAAAGAAUGAAGGUUCUCUUGCGGAAAUGGCAGCAGCAACUUCGGUGCAUGUGGUUUCAGUUGUUGAGCCCAUAAUCCAGCAUGCCAACUGGUUCUUUCCUGAAGAGGUGGAUUUCAAUGUGUCAGGAGCAUUUGUGGCGCAGCCUACUGUGAAUUCAAAUCACCUACAUUUGGGGAAUGACUAUGAGUCCGGGACAGCUGAGCGGAAGAGGCCGGUCAGCAUGGCCGUGAUGGAUGCAGACCUGGUGAAGGACAGCUUUGGUGUCAAGGUUUUGGACUUCCCGGCAAACACCCGGCGAGGUGGCACUAUAAAUAGAAAGCACACAGCCCCAGCUUUCCAGCCGCCCCUCCCACCCACAGAGGCUGGCCUGCUGGCUCAGGUUAUGGCAGAACAACCCGCACAGGGUGCUGGGGCUGAUCUUGGCCUCUGGGGGGCUGCCUCUGCCCCCCUUCCUGGCCCAGCAGAGCCCUCCCAAAGUCACGGCGCUGAGGACAGCAGCAUUUCGAAAUCGAAAGACUCCACGCCCUCGACUACCCCUCCACCCACAAGAAACGGCAGGCACGGAAGCACCCCUCAACCCCAUCCCCAGCCUGUUGGGGGUGCCAGCCAGCUGUCACUUGGGCAGCCACAAAGCACUGCAGGGCCCAGCCCACACACCCUCAGACGAGCUGUUAAAAAGCCUGCACCAGCCCCUCCAAAGCCUGCCAACCCACCUCCCGGACAGCCUGGAAACCAGAGCGCAAGCCCAGCCCCUCCACCGCCAUCCGUGUCUCCUAAGCCAGUCACCAGAAGCCCUUCUCCCCCUAGCCAACAUCCCAACCAAGGAGGCACCCAGCCAACCACUGCUACCUCCCAGGUCUCCGCAUCUCGGCGAUUCUCCAACAUCCUCUCCCCCAUCCAGGCUCCCAGCCACCCCCCACCCCAGCCUCCCAUGCAGGCUGCUACCCCUCCUCUGCAGCCGAAAGGCAACAGCCCCGGGUCCUCCCCAAUGGCAGCACCUGCCUCCGAGCCUACGCCCGAGCAACCACCUCCCACCCCUCCUCGCACACCAACCCCACCUGACACUCCUCCCCCAGAGAAGCACAGCACUGCCUCCUCUACCUCUCCACCUCCUGCCCAGGAAACUCCGCUGGCUCCGUCACCCCCUCAAACUGGUACAUUGCCAAGGCCCAGGCCUGUGCCCAAGCCGAGGAACCGCCCCACUGUCCCCCCUCCACCUCAUCCUCCUACUUCUCACCCAGCCGCAGGAGACGGUUCUCUUCCGGGAGCACCUCCAACUGCAUCCCGCAUAGUAACUGACUCCACUUCCAGUGUUCAGGAGCCACUACGGGGCCUCCCCGCCACAGAACUUCCAUCGACAGAGUCAGUGGUUUUACCAGGUCAGAGUUCUCACAACCACCACCUUGUACUUGACAUCAAUCAUGAUACUGAAAGCACUGCUUUGUAGAAUAAACAAACCACUCCAGCAGCCACAGCCUUUCCUGUCCCAGUGGGAACCAAACCAGUCAAGACUGAUCGGUGAGAAGCCUCUUUCACAAAGAGAGGGGGGGGCUAGGAAUGUCCUGGUUCCUCCACUUCUGACUCCAGUGAAGAUCGGAAGAAUUUCAGUGACCUGCAUCUUGACAGAGGUGUUAUACUGUGGAUGGAAUGACUUGUCUGUUUCUGAAGCUUAAUUGCUGCUGUUAACCCAAAAGGGCAUCUGUCGAAAAAUUCAAAUGAGAAUCCAAAGUAAUGCAUGUAUGAUGGAAAUAAUCUGUUGGACUCUUCCUAAUUCUCUUCUCUUCCCAAGAAGAGGGCUCCCAAGAGACAUUCUCUUUGACAUGCUGCAGACGUACUGUUUGAACACGUGAACCAAAAACCCGCCUCGUGGGCUGGGGGGGUGGCUGCUGGUUCUGUCACCCAUCCAGCCUGUGGAUGUGCCCUUGUGCCUUGAUGGAAACAUAUCGUCUCUCUAACCAUUUCAGGGCUACUCUUAAGUAUUGAUUGUUUAUUUACUCUUUGUUUUUCACAGUUAUUUGUAUUAACCAUCCCUGCUUUGGUUUCUGUAAAAUCUAUAGACAGCUGCUGUCAAGCUGAAAACUUUGGAAAAUGUGUUUUUGCUUUCCGUUGUUAUAUAAAUGGGUUGAACUUUAAAA